GGUGGAGCCUUCAGCCUCCUGAUGGAGAAGCAGUAACCGGAGAUCGCAGCCUCUGAGCGGACCGUGUGGACCCGAACCAGAGCCGAGCCUCCCGGUUUGUGUGUGUUUCCGCGUGCGUGUCGGUGCUUCUUGUCGGUGAUGGAGGCGGCGGAGGGUGGCGUGUGCGGGGUGAAGGUGAUGUGUCGCUUCAGGCCGCUGAACGAGGCGGAGCGGAACCGCGGAGACAAAAACAUCCCGAAAUUUAACGGAGAGGACACCGUGGUGGUGUCGGGGAAGCCAUAUGUGUUCGACCGAGUCUUCCCCCCAACCACUGAACAGGUUCAGGUGUACGACACCUGUGCCAAGCAGAUCGUCAGAGAUGUGUUGGGAGGAUAUAACGGCACCAUCUUUGCUUAUGGUCAGACCUCCUCAGGAAAGACUCACACAAUGGAGGGGACCCUUCAUGACCCUCAUCAGAUGGGCAUCAUCCCUCGUAUUUCCAGAGACAUCUUCGACCACAUCUACUCCAUGGAUGAGAACCUGGAGUUCCACAUCAAGGUGUCUUAUUUUGAAAUCUAUCUGGAUAAAAUCAGAGACCUGCUGGAUGUGUCAAAGACCAACCUGGCUGUUCAUGAAGAUAAGAACAGAGUUCCCUUUGUGAAGGGCUGCACGGAGCGCUUUGUUUCCAGUCCCGAGGAGGUGAUGGACGUUAUCGAUGAAGGAAAAGCAAACAGACACGUCGCUGUGACCAACAUGAACGAGCACAGCUCUCGCAGUCACAGCAUUUUUCUGAUCAACAUCAAACAGGAGAACGUGGAGACGGAGAUGAAGCUAUCAGGGAAACUUUACCUGGUGGACCUGGCAGGCAGCGAGAAGGUGAGUAAAACAGGAGCAGAGGGUGCCGUUUUGGAUGAGGCUAAAAACAUCAACAAGUCUCUGUCUGCUCUGGGGAACGUCAUCGCUGCCCUGAGUGAAGGAACGAAAACCCACGUUCCAUACAGAGACAGUAAGAUGACCCGGAUCCUUCAGGACUCUCUGGGUGGAAACUGUCGAACUACCAUCAUCAUCUGCUGCUCGCCGUCUGUUUACAACGAGGCUGAAACAAAGUCCACGCUCAUGUUUGGACAGAGAGCUAAAACCAUAAAGAACACAGUGUCUGUGAACCUGGAGCUGACCGCCGAGGAGUGGAAGAAGAAGUAUGAGAAGGAGAAAGAGAAGAACAGGAGUCUGAACAUCAUGAUCCAGAAACUGGAGAAUGAGCUGAAACGCUGGAGGAAAGGUGAGUCUGUACCUGUGGAGGAACAGCUGGGCAACAGAAACAAGAAGUGCAGCAGCGAGACAGCAGCAGCGAUUGACAGCUUGGCUCCGCCCCCUGUCGCCCUGUCUGUGGAGGAGAAGUCGCAGUACGAGACUCUCAUCACUGACCUGUACCAGCAGCUGGACGACAAAGAUGAUGAGAUCAACCAGCAGAGUCAGAUGUCUGAGAAACUCAAACAGCAGCUGAUCGACCAGGAUGAGCUGCUGGCAUCUAUCCGCCAGGACUAUGAGCGGCUGCAGGAGGAGCUGUCCCGCCUGCAGAGGGAAAGCGAUUCAGCUAAAGAGGAGGUGAAAGAGGUGUUGCAGGCGCUGGAGGAGCUGGCUGUCAACUAUGACCACAAGAGUCAGGAGGUGGAGAAUAAAAACCGCUGCAAUGAACAGCUGAACGACGAGCUUGCUCACAAAACUGUCAGUCUGGAGGCUGUUCAGAGGGAGCUGUCCUCCCUGCAGGAGCUCAGCUCUCAUCAUAAGAGGAGGUCAGCGGAGAUCGUCACUUUGCUGCUCAGAGACCUCAGUGAGAUCGGCAGUGUUCUCGGAACCACCGAGCUCAAAGCUAUGACUGAAGUGAGUGGAGUGAUGGAGGAAGAGUUCACCUCUGCCCGACUCUACAUCAGUAAGAUGAAGUCUGAAGUCAAAUCUCUGGUGAACCGCAGCAAACAGUUGGAGGUCAACCUGACAGAAAACACCUGCAAGAUGAAGGCGAAUGAGAAGGAGCUGAGCACGUGCCAGCUGCUCGUGUCGCAGCUCCGGGCAAAGCUGGGGUCUCUCACCGAUGACCUCCAGAAGGUGGAGCAGAAGAAGAGGCAGCUGGAGGAGAGUCAGGAUGCUCUGAUGGAGGAGGUCGCCAAGCUCCGCGCUCAAGGUCAAAUGCACGAGCUGACAGUGAUGGACAAAGAGAAAGAACACAUGAGCCAGCUGAAGGAUGUUGUGGAGAUGAAGAGAACGCUGGAGGAACAGAUGGAGAACCACCGGGAGGUUCAUCACAAACAGCUGAGUCGACUCCGAGAUGAGAUCGAUCAGAAACACAGAGACGUCGACCGACUCAAAGACGUGAAUCAGGCUCUGCAGCUGGAAAACAGGAAGCUUCAGUCUGACUUGGACAAACUGAGAGCAGAGGAUCAGAACAAAGACCAGAAGCUUCAAAAGCUCAUGUUUGUGAACGAGAAGAGAGAACAAGCCAAAGAAGACCUGAAGGGUUUGGAGGAGACAGUGGCCAAAGAGCUGCAGAUGCUCAACGACCUUCGCAAACUCUUCAUCGACGACAUCGGAGCUCGAAUCAAGAAUAGUUCAGAGAAUGACAGCGAUGAGGCUGGUGGCAGUUUGGCUCAGAGACAGAGGAUCGUCUUCUUAGAAAAUAACUUGGAGCAGCUCAGCAGGGUCCACAAGCAGCUGGUUCGGGAUAACGCUGAGCUCCGCUGUGAGCUGCCCAAAUUGGAGAAGCGUCUCCGGGCUACAGCGGAGCGAGUGAAAGCUCUGGAAACUGCUCUGAAAAAUGCAAAAGAGUCAGCCGUGAGGGAUCGCAAACGCUACCAACAGGAAGUUGACCGCAUCAAAGAGGCUGUGCGGUCCAAAAACCUGUUCAGGAAAGGACACUCGGCUCAGAUUGCCAAGCCAAUAAGAGCCGGUCAUCAGCACCAUCAGAAUCCGUCCUUCUCCCAUGCUAUCCGACAUACCAUCAGAGGAGGGGGUGCAGGGUCCAGCCCACAACACCAACCCCCCCGACACCAACCUCAGCAACAUCUCCACCAGAACAGCAGCAGCAAGUAGGCUCCAGGUAGCAGAUGACUCUGGAUCAGUUUCCUUUUCUGUGGAUCUUUGAACUCUCCUGUUUUCACCACUCUGCCUAUACUGGAACCACACCCCACAAUGUUCUGCCUUAACAGCCAUUCCACCUUAAACAAUCCACCUUAACAGCCUUGCCAGCUUAACAAACAUUCCACCCUAACGCAGGUGCUCUCUCUGACUGUUUUCUGAAUUUUUGUUGUUGUUCUUUAUUCUCAAACAAUCAAAUAUCUUCAAAGAAUUACCGCUAAGAAAAGUUAGUAUCUUCUUUUUUUUUUUUUUUAACUAAAUGACAUUUUUAGAUUUUGGGGUCUCUGUUGCCUUUAUUACACAGCACAGUGGAGAAAGAGAGGAAGGAUGCUCUCGGAUCAGUUCUGCCUGGUCGCUGCAUCUGGUUGCCUUUAGCUGUGAGCUAAACCUGAGUCUGAAUCUGAGUCUGUAAACCUGUCAGUGUUUACUCAUCAUGUUUAAGACAUUCAACUCUCAGAUUUAAAGCAAACAGAUUUUUCACAGAGGUGCAGAAUUCCUCGUUUGAAAUUAAAUUAAAAAAUAGUUUAUUAUCUUUAAAAAGUGUUAUUCUCCAAACCUAGGUAAUCUGGAAAUGCUGCUCCCUGAUUCCAACUCCACCCAAGGACAAAAACUUUUAGCAGUCUAAACUCUACGCAGCCGUUUGUUGACUUCAGCAGUGAGCCACGCCAAAAUAAAGGUCCCUAAUGUUCCCUGCCCAAUAUGAAAGUCAAACAACAGAUAGAUUUCUAACCCAAGGUCCUACUCAAACAAGAGAAAACAGAUUUCAACAGAAAAGGCUUCUCAUUCAUAUCAGGCUGCUGCCGUGUUUAACAUAUAGUGAAAGAAUACUCCAGGUUGUCUAAUUUACAAAACUAUUAAUAACUAUUUACAAAGAGCUUGAUUAGGUCUCACAACGCCACACACACAAGUUCACUCACUUUACUCACUAAUGAACUUUUUGACUCAGGAGUUUCACACAGAGAACACUCAAAAGUUACCAUCAGAAACACACAGCUUGUUGUCCAGUCUGGGAACAGGAAUCCAAGCAAACAACUCGGCUGUCAAGAUAUACCCACACAGGACCCUGGGAGGGAGGAGAGAGAAAAACCCACACCCACAUUCUCUGGUGGGAGGGGUCACACAAAUAAAAACACACAUAACAAUGAUACUAAAAUCAGUCAGGGCUGUAGACUAACUUUUUGCCACAGUUGCCUGGUGCACCUAACUUUUUUUCCUUAGGUGCACCACCACCUGUCAACACAAAGUUCUUUGUUUGGAGCACAUUUCUACAAGAAAGACAAGUUACUGAAAAAAAUGUUUAAAGUGCUUCACUGAGCUGAAAUUUAAACUUAAAACAUCUCAAGAUAUAUUCAAUAAAAAGAAAAUGUAAAUUACAAAGACCUGAAAGUGCCUGACAGGCUUCAAAAUGAACAUCUCAGUAUCUGAACAGCUUUAUAUCUUAUGGACCCUCCCCCAUUACAGUCACAUGGCCCUCAGAUGUCCUGUAAUCUGGCCUUUUCCCCCUUUUUCCCCAUGUGUCUGUGAUGACACCUGUAACCCGGGCACACGUGACAUCAUUACUGUACAUGGGGUUUACCUUCAAGACAUUUUUCUUGUGAAGAAUUAUUUUGGACUUGAACUUAGUGAACGGAACAUCUUCUUUGGGAAUAUCGUAGGCAAUGUUAAACUUAAUCAUCACAUCGGCCUCCUGUGACGACCUGUUUGCUGCCGCUGAAAGGCAGUGGGGAGAAGCCAGUGCAUUUAUCGCAGCAUAUAAUGUGUUUUCUGAAUGCACUGCUUUUUCAGCGUUUCUUUUUGAAACGUAUUAGCUGCAGUCACAAAUGCAGUAUUGCCGGCCACAGUUUCUCCACACUCACUGCAGUAAAUGCAGUGCGUCAUGUUGUCAGCUUUACUGUAUCUUAGCCAGGGAAACUGGUCAAGCCGCUCUCUUCCCAACGUAUACACUUUACGCCUUUACUGUCAGUGGGCUCUGAGUCCAUCGUAUGUGGCUCAUUAUCUGAUGCCGUCUCUGAACCAGUGUUAGACAUAACCUGAGAGGUUGAUGGCUCCGUGUCAGAGCACUCGCUAUGAAUUUCAGAGGGAUCAGGCCUUAACGAAACAGUUAUCAAUCGUUCUUUUCAUCUUUUCUCAUUACCCACAACUACAGCCACUUCUAUCAGGUCUAGGCUGCUCACCUCUGUCUAUCUGCCUGCACCUUCAAAUGUACACACACAGGCUUACAUCUGGACCAUGACCAAUCAGAGAGCUCCUGCCCCUCACUAUCUCUGAUUGGUUUAGACCACGAUACAGGCAUAAUGUGUGAUGUUUUCUUUACUUGAAUGACUGGUUGCACCGGUGCGACCUAGGAUUCUUUUAGUCACACCACUGAGAAGUUAGGUCGCAUGUCACACUCUAGAGCCUUGUUUAUGUUGAUGCAUUAAAAACCUCAAAUCUUUUUUUUUUAAUGAAACAAAUGUUUCUCACAUUUUUUUUUUCAUUUUGAAAUAAAAAUUUCAAAGUGUUACAACUUUUGAUUAUAUGAGUUUUUAAACCAUAAAUAUGAUUGCAGCUUUAAAAGACGCUGCUAGAGGAAUAAAAUUCAGGAAAUUCCAGGAACAUGAUCGAAAGUUUUUCUUUUUUUCUUUUUUUUAAAAAUGAAUUUAAAACUUGUUUUCCUGACGACAGUGUUGGAUUGCAGAUAUUGAUUGUGUGUUUUUAAUGUGUUUAUUACUGAAAUGUAAUUUAAGGAGUUUAUUUUACUGUUUAUUUAUUAGCUUAAAGUGAAAAAUGUGUAUGUUACUUUUGUCACCCAGCUGGAAAUGAUCAUGUGUCAGUGUGUUUGUGCGUAUGUUAGUGUUGUGGUUGUUGUUGUGAAUCUGUAGUAAGUUUACAGAGCGGCGAGGCUGAUGAAUGACAGCUUCAAAGUGACACGAUCAGCUGAUGGCAGAUGUUGUGAACAGGAAGUUAGUGGCAUGAUGUCAGCCAAUCAGAACAUCAUGUUUUCUGCAGUGUUUGUGGUCACUUUACAUCUCCAACAUUAUUCAGUAUUGAAAGCAAACUAAAGCACAUCUGUUUGUAAGUGUUUAUUGAUGUAUUGGUAAUGUUUACGUGCUGCUAAUGAAAGUGUUUAUCAUAACUAUGUUCAUAAUGUGCUGUAAGAACAAAGUGAUACUGAAGUGAUUCACAGGUUGUUGUAAAGACAUCGAACAUCACGUGUUUCUGAACUUGUCAAAUAAAGUGAAAAAUUGAGUGUU